AUGAAGGUCCUGUUUAUCGAAUGUGACGGCGAAGGGCGGGCCCAGAAGAGUGUCUCAGACGAAGGAGUGACCCGAACGCAACAUGCCGCGCGCGAAUAUCACAAAAAGGCCAAAUUGCGCAGGGCCAAAACCAAAGCCCAACAGGCGCAUGGCGCUCGCAAGGCGAACAAGUCCAACUCCACGACCUCGACAGAUGAGUCAGCGGUCCUGGAACUGAAGGCCAAGCGGGAAUCGCCUGUCAAGAUCCUGCUGGGCGCAAGUCGAUCCGAUCCAUUCCACACCAUCGGCGAGACUGGGGCCGUGCCACUUUACGUUCACGAGAUGCUCGACCAUGCCAUCACAUGUCACUGGACGGAGAUGUGUCUGUCGGACGGCGGAGGAGUCAGCGCCGCCAGAACCGAGAUCAUGCAGUCUGUCAUCCACUGUCCAGUGACUUGGUACACGAUCGUCUUUGCGGGCGCUACCCACAAUGCGUACCAGUACGGGGAUCGAGGAACGACCAAGCGGAACGAGCAGCUCAGGCUCACGUACAAAUCCAAGGCCAUCAGGUCCCUCCUCGACUAUAUCCAAGAAAAUGGCGACAACGUGUCUGAGGAGGCCCUUCUAGGCAUAAUUACGCUGGCGUCUCACGGCACGGGCGAAAACUUGAAGGGUCAUGAAUCUUACAAGCGACAAACCCUGCCUUUCCUGUCCCAUCUCCAUGACGUUGACUACUACGCAAAUAUGGACACUGGCAUGGAACAUCUCAAUGCCGUGUAUGCCAUUGUGGACCGAUGGGGAGGGCUGCGCACGCUGCGACGGAAGAGCUUGGCCAUUGUCAUCCAAGUGUGCGACAUCCUCACCUCCUGGAGGGAAUUGCAGCAUCCUCACUUCAACCUCGUGAUGCCGACAACGUGGCACAUCAACAAGAGGAGCCAUCAGCCGGACGCGGCUGCACAGGCACUCCUCGAAACUCUGACGACGGGCUUUUACGAAUUGAUCAACGAUGGGUACUCCAGCCUCGACGAUCUCGUCGAGGUUGCCGACCGCACAAGCAUCUUCUCGGCCGACUUUGAUCAGCUGCUGAGGUCCUACGGUCUCCCGGAAGAGCAACAGCAUUUGCACACCCCGAACAUGGCCCUCGUCAGGUAUAUGCGGUGGUGCGUGCUCCACGACAUGCUCUCGCUGCCUGAGCACGUCACCACUGGGGAGAAAGUCGUGGCCGAGCAUGUCGUCUACGAGCUCUGCCGACAUAUCUUGUUCGCGUACGCCGUGUUCGUCAUCGUGCCCAUGCCCCCGCGGACAAUGCUGCAGGCCAAGAUCGCCGAACGCCUCGGACGCCUCCUGAUCAGUGCGGUGAAAGUGGGCAUUCCCAGCCGCCAUGCCGACCUCUUCCUCUGCGCGGUCGCGUGGGGCUGGAUGUGCACGGACCAGGCUGUCGGGUACCGCAAGCGCGACAAGCUCCUGGGCAGUUUCGCCACGCUGCUCGAGUUCGCCGUCGUCCCGCGCAGACCGGAGUCGUGGCCCGUCGUCGAGGAGGUGAUGAGGUCGUUCUUGUGGUUUGACACGUAUUGUGAGGAGCCAGGGCGGAAGUUCUGGGAGGCAGCAUGUGAGGUGGUGGAGGAGGGGGAGGACAUUAAAGCCGAAGAUGAAGAAGGAGGGGAGGAAGAAGAAGACGGGUUCGCUUGA